GUCGUUGCUCUUUACGAUGUGUACAUGAACAUGGAGACUCAGCAGCUCAACUAUGUAUUCGAGCCUAUGGAAGGAAACCUUUAUCAACUCACGAAAUCUCGCAGAGGAAGACCAUUUGCCGCUGGUCUUAUGGCAUCAUGUGCUCACCAAAUAACAUCCGGUCUUCAACACAUCCAUUCUCACAAUUAUUUCCACCGCGACAUGAAACCCGAGAACCUGCUCUUCGAGAAAGACGUCACCGUCAUCGUCAAGAUCGCAGAUUUUGGAUUGGCCAAGAAUACGAAACAGAAACCACCAUACACCGAGUACAUCAGUACAAGAUGGUAUCGCGCUCCAGAGAUAUUGAUGCGGACAGGUAGUUACGGUCCGCCGGUGGAUAUGUGGGCGUUGGGAACGAUUCUUUUUGAAAUGGUCAACCUGAAACCCUUGUUUCCCGGUGCCAGUGAGGUCGACCAGAUAUAUCGCUUGUGCGGCAUACUUGGUGAUCCUGGCACCGAUUAUGGUGUGGACGAGCGAGGCCGGAGGAUCGGUGGUGGAGUCUGGAACACAGGUGUCAAAAGGGCCAAAGCCGACGGAUUUUCUUACCCCAAGGUGAGUUUGGUCAUGUGA